AUGUCUAAGAGUGAUGUGGUUAAAGCUAGGCAGACGGCGCGUGGGAAGAAGCAGAAGGUGAGUUCUAUUGCGCACGAGAUGCGUGUUGAGCUGGUUAGGAACAAGAUCUUGGGAGGUGGGAGGGAGAAGAGCUUGUUCAUUGACGUGGGCGAGAGGUGUGGUGCGGCUUUCCAGCUGCUGCUUCACGGCAGACGUGGGGAGUCUCUGGAGACGCAAGGCUGGGUCGAGGAUGUGGAGAAGUUACUGAAGGGGGGCACGGAGCGUAUCUUGGCGGACUUCAGUGGCAGGUGGGCUUCUAGUGAGGAGGAGGUGAGGGUCGAGGAGGAUCUGGAGGCGAAGGCGAAGCUGUUGGAGGCAGCUCGAGGUGCGUUGAGUAGACUGGGAGGGCCGAUCGAGAGGCUCUGGGAGGAGUGCGUUGCGGCGCAGCAGGAGGAAGAGUAG